AUGAAGCAUAGCUGGGGACCAGGGCUGCUCAUCUUGGGAGCCAUGGUCUUUAUAGAAGGUCUUCAAGCAGCUCAGCAAGCCUGUGGGCAGCGUGGCCCUGGUCCCCCCGAGCCUCAGGAGGGCAACACGGUACCUGGUGAAUGGCCCUGGCAGGCCAGUGUGAGGAGGCAGGGAAUCCACAUCUGCAGUGGCUCCCUGGUGGCAGAUGCCUGGGUCCUCACUGCUGCCCAUUGCUUUGAAAAGGAGGCAGCAACAGAACUGAAUUCCUGGUCCGUUGUCCUGGGUUCUCUGCAGCGUGAAGGGUUGAGCCCGGGGGCUGAGGAAGUGGGGGUGGCUGCCGUGCACUUGCCCAAGGCCUAUAACCACUAUAGCCAGGGCUCAGACCUGGCCCUGCUCCGGCUUGCCCACCCCACAGCCCACACACCUCUCUGCCUGCCCCAGUCUUCCCACCACUUCUCCUUUGGAGCCUCUUGCUGGGCCACGGGAUGGGAUCAGGACACCAAUGAUGCUCCCAGAACCCUACGGAAUCUGCGCCUUCGUCUCAUCAGCCGUCCCACAUGUAACUGCCUCUACAACCGGCUACACCAGCGGCUGCUGGCCAACCCAGCCCGGUGGGGGAUGCUGUGUGGGGGCGCCCAGCCAGGGGUGCAGGGGCCUUGUCAGGGAGACUCUGGGGGCCCUGUACUGUGCCGUGAGCCCGAUGGACACUGGAUUCAGGCUGGGAUAAUCAGCUUUGCAUCGAGAUGUACCCAGGAAGACACUCCUGUGCUGCUGACCAAUAUGGCUGCUCACAGCUCCUGGCUGCAGGCGCGAGCUCAGGGAGCAGCCUUCCUGGCCCAGGACCCAGGGACUCUGGAAACCAGUGACUUGGACAGCUGUGUAGCUUGUGGAUCCUUGAGGAGAGAAGGUCCCCAGGCAGGAGCUCCCUCCCCAUGGCCCUGGGAUGCCAGACUGAAGCAUCAGGGGCAGUUGGCCUGUGGUGGAGCACUGGUGUCAGAGGAGGUGGUGCUGACAGCUGCCCACUGCUUCAUUGGGCGCCAGACCCCAGAGGAAUGGAGUGUAGGGCUGGGGACCGGACCAGAGGAACGGGGCCUGAAGCAACUCAUCCUGCACGGGGCCUAUACUCAUCCAGAGGGAGGCUAUGAUGUGGCCCUCUUGCUUCUGGCUCAGCCUGUAACACUGGGCCCCAGCCUGCGGCCCCUUUGCCUGCCCUACGCUGACCACCACCUGCCUGAUGGGGAACGUGGCUGGGUUCUGGGAUUGGCCCGCCAAGAAACAGGCAUCAGCUUUCCCCAGACAGUACCUGUGACCCUUCUGGGGCCAAGGGCCUGUGGCCGGCUGCAUGCAGCCCCAGGGAGUGAUGGCAUUCCCAUCCUGCCAGGGAUGGUGUGUACCAGUGUGGUGGGUGAGCUGCCCCAAUGUCAGGGCCUGUCUGGGGCACCACUGGUACACGAGGUGAGGGGCACAUGGUUCCUGGCUGGGCUGCACAACUUUGGAGACGCCUGCCAAGGCCCUGCGAGACCUGCAGUCUUUGCGGCACUGCCUGCCUAUGAGGACUGGGUCACCAGUUUGGACUGGCAGGUCUAUUUUGCUGAGGAGCCAGAACCAGAGGCUGAGGCUGGAAGCUGCCUGGCUAACUUGAGUAUGUAUUCCUGGGGUCUCCCUGCUGACCCUCCUUAUCUAUCCAGGGAAAGCAGUUCUGACCUACUUCUAACGACCCUGGGUGGGUGGAGCAGUGGACAGACCCAUGUGGAUUCUAGGGACCAGGCAUCUCAACCUGACUUCAGCCUCAGUAUCCUCAUUAACCAUGGGAGCCAAGAUGGAUCCUACUCCUUCAAGGGAGGGAACAAAGCUGUGAGGAUGAGGCCAACCCCACCCUGCUUCCUCUCCUUGACAGGUCAAUCAGCCAGCUGUUGAUAGAUGACUCUCUAGGCUGCUUACAGGAUGCAAGAAAAAUGAGGCAACUCCUGUC